CCUGUUGGACAGAGCAGGGAUGGAGAAGGGUCAGGGACGGCAGGGCACAGCCCCACAGACUCCAGACUCUGAGGACGGUGCCAAGGCAGAGCUGUGGUCUAAGAGUCUCAGAGGGAGGAAAGCAGAGGAAGGGAAGGAACCUGGAGCAUCCUUCUGGAAUCCUGGCUUACCUGUGUCCCCCAGAACAAGUCACCUGUGGCCUCCAGGCCGGCUUCUACCCAGCCAGCUCCCCCUCCCUUUCCCUAGGCCCCGUCAGCUCUGGUCCAUCUGUUUUCCAGGAAUCACCUGUGGGCUCUCUAGCUAGGCCCUCGUCUCCUUCAUUUCCUCUGGGCCCUUUAUCCUUCACCCCUUUUCCUCUACCCCAUGGCUUCUGCCUCUUAGGUUCCCAAGGAAGGGAAGUUGAGGUGCAGGGAUGCACCUGGUUCUGCUGGGCACUGACCCCGGCUCUGUCCAUGCCCUGUGGUCUGGCUCCUGCUGAGGAUGCAGAAGGGAGCCCUACCCGAGACAGCCUGGAAUGCCCCGCCCUCGAAGGGGAGAAGGGCAAGCAUGAGGCCAGCGUGCCUCUAAAACUACACACCAGGGCUCCUGGAGGGCAGGGCCCAUGGCUCAAAGCUUUUAUGAACUUGCCAGCACAGUGCAGGAGAUUAAGGAAUGCUGUAUUUACAUAAUCAAAAGAAUAAUAAACAACCGUCUGAAUGGGCCAAGGCUGUAGGGUGGAGAAGCAGCUCUACAGUGGGGCCUAGGCUGCCAACCCACACCCUGAUAAGGUCUGCGGUGGGAAUUAAACCUUUUCCUCCCUCAGUGCCGCUUAGGCUGUGUGAUGAUCAUGUGGUCCCAACAGCUUCUCAGAGAAGUGUGAAGCCCACCUGAGAUGGCAAAGAAGUGAGCUAGGCCAGGGAUUGCAGGAUGCGGUGGCCUGCUCAUAGCAGAGAGCUGUGGGGCCCUGAUCCGCGGUACCCCACAUGGGGAUGCUCUCACGGAACAAGGCAGGAGGAAAAUGUGAUGGUCAGUGACCCGGGGAAUAGGAAGGGAGCGGCUGGGAUUGAGAUGCCAGGCCCGGGCCAGCAGGUUUGGAGUAAGGGGUGUAGAGAAACAGGAAGUGUUGCUCAGCCUGGGUUCCCCUGCUUCUCCCGAUAGCUGCACCUCUCCCCUUUCCCCUCUGCCCGGCUGCAGCAGUCCCAGCUAGGCCGGACUGUUCAGUGUGGCCCAGAGCACGGCUGACAAUUCACAGCAGCCUCCCUGGCCCGGCUUCCCGCAAGAGAAGGAGGACCCUAGAGGAGGCCGGAUAGCCAGAGGGGAAGGGCUGGAGCAUGGCCAGGCAGCAGGCAGCAUGGCCCGGCCUUCAACUGCCGCUCUCCUGGCAGGAGCCUACGAGGGUAAAACAAGGGAGGACAAGGAAAUAGCAGCCAGGCUGAUGGCAGGCCAAGAGAAGGCCACGUCUCCCGUCCCCAGGUUAAUGCUGCUCUGCCAAGAAAACUUGGAGCCACCCUUGGCGGGCCCCCAGCCCAACCCUAGGCCGCAGAGCCCGCCCGUCACACGCAUGGGGCUGUUCCCCGUUAACACACCCUCUGCCUCCUUCCCUGAUCCCGCAGGUUCUGCUCAUGAGGGCCUGACAGCAGGGCUGAGUCACCCACACCAGCCACAGGUCUCUUCCUUCCCCAACAAUCGUUCCACACGCCUGCCUUUCAAUUAACUCCCACCCGCCCUGAACUCCUCCUACCCAGACACUGUGGGCCGGGAGCCAGGCGCACCUGCCGGGGCCCAGGGUGGUGGGGCUGUGAUGAGAAAGGAAGCCGCGUGGUGACACAUAAAGCAGGGCUGCCCCCACAUGAGUCCCCAGAGGAAUUUUAAGCUCCCCAUUGCCCUGGGGUGUUGGUCCCAGCUGCCCCAUCCCUGCACGCGGAUGCUGCAAUUACCCAAGAGCAUGAAACCUGGCUUCCCACCUGACUGAGUCAGCUGAGAACAAAAACACAUCUCCACCGCCACAAACAGCCAAGCCACUAAUCAGAGUCCGGGAGCCACUGGCAGAGAGGGCACGGCCCCACACUGCCCCAGAGACGCAUAGGAGCCAGGCAAACACCAGGGCGAGUGAGCUCGGGCCAUCUGCCGCCUGCCUGUGGAAGGAGUGCUCGCCAGCCUCACCUGGCCCGAGAAGGUCCAUCUCUGCCUCCGCUGGGGCUGCCUCAUUCUGACUCCAGUAAGUGCUGCUGCUUCCACCUGGGGUUUUUCCACUGCCCUCUUCAGUAACCCGGCCACUCCUGUCCCUGUGGGAAACUCCUGCUGCCAGGAACUCCCAGCUGUGUGCUCUCCUGGACAAAAAAGUUCCUUCUUCCUGAGCCCUCCACUCACCAUCCAAGAUGUGGUCAAAGGUCUGUGCUGAGCGGAAACCCCAAGGCCUCUGCUCCUAGGGCAGCCUCCCCAGCUGCUGGCACUCACUGCCCCAGCAGGGACCGCAUGCAACCUGGCUGCUCCUGAACACCUGUCUGCGGGCUCCCCUGGGCCCCAUGGAGACCUGGCGGAAAGGCUCCUUCCGCAACGCCUCCUUCUUCAAGCGGCUGAGCCUGGGGCGGCCACGGCGGCUCCGGCGACAGGGCAGUGUGCUUAGCCAGGCCAGCACAGCGGGUGGGGACCACGAGGAGUAUAGCAACCGAGAAGUCAUCCGGGAGCUACGAGGGAGGCCAGAUGGCCGGCGCCUGCCACUGUGGGGGGACGAGCAGCCCCGGGCCACCCUGCUGGCCCCACCCAAGCCCCCACGCCUCUACCGAGAGAGCUCAAGCUGCCCCAACAUCCUGGAGCCCCCACCUGCCUACACAGCAGCCUACUCUGCCGCCCUGCCAUCGGCGCUCUCCCUGUCGAGCGCCCUCCACCAGCACUCAGAGAAGGGCCUUGUGGACACUCCCUGCUUCCAGAGGACACCUGCCCCAGACCUCAGUGAUCCCUUCCUCUCCUUCAAAGUGGACCUGGGGAUUUCACUUCUUGAGGAAGUUCUGCAGAUGCUAAGGGAGCAGUUUCCCAGCGAGCCCAGCUUCUGAAUGGGGUGAGGGUGGGCAAAGCCGGGGUGACUGGAAGAGCCAGAGGCUGGGGAUUAAGGAGAGGGCAGGGACAGGACUCCAGGCCCAUCGCUGGAGGGUUCAGGCAGGCAGAGCUCCUCCAUCCUGGGGGAGGAUUCCAGGAUAGGAAUCCAGGGCUCUGCCUGCUCUCUGGGUCCUGAAGCGUCCUCCCAGGCACCCCAGAGUGGAGGGACAGAGGCAAGCUGGAAAUGUUGAGGAGGGGGGCCCCUUCCUGGCAGGACCCCUGAAGGAAGCUGGCUAUUCUGGGAAAGGGAGGCUAUGUGUGGCAACCACAGGAACCAGGUAGAGACUGGCAGAGCCAGAAGGUGGCACGGGGUCAGAUCAGGGAGUGGGAGGACACAGACUGGGCAGAAGAGAUGAGUGCCCUGUGCCAGCCUCUCUGGAAGCCAGCGUCAACAGAGAGAGGUCACAGGACAAGCCUGGGUAAAAGCAGUCCAACCCUGGCGGAAGAGGAAAGUGGGAAGGCCCAGGAAGAAAGGGGAGACAGGCCUGACCCUGUCUAAUCUGGUGGCCACUCACUGCAUGACGCCGAAUUGAAAUUAAAUAACAAUUCAGUUCCUCACUUGCACCAUUAUUCCAGAUUCCACAUUCCAAACGGCUGGUGGCCACACAUGAUUAAUGGCUGCCACACUGGUUGGUGCAGAAUGGACGCGAACAUCGCUGCACAAAGUUCUACUGGACAGCGCUGGCUAGACCGUGGCCUGGAGCCACCAGCAAAGGGGAGACGCAUACAGGGGCUGGCCACAUAGGAAGAGAUAGGUAGAGAUAGUGUAACUUAGGAAAAGACUAGGCAAAUCCUUAGCAGAAAUGAGGAUGUGGUUCAGUCUGCCAACACAGCUACCUGGAGCAAUCCCUGGUGAAGGCAGCUCUAGAGAAUGCCAGCCAAAGGCACGUGCACGGCUUACAAAGGGGUGCUUUGGGGAAUUCCCAGAAUUAUUAGUGUGGGAGCCCUGGCAGAUUUCCUUCCUUGAAGAGAGGAGAACUGGAUCCAGGGAUGGGCAUUCAACGGCGAAGCAGCACAGCUGGUCUCCAGACCUGUCUCCCAGGAUUAGAGAGUUCUGCCGCCUGAACCCUCUGACGAUGUGCCUGCCAACCAGGCCAAGCCCACCGGGUCAAAGCCACAGCACAGGCUGCACUAUGGCCCCACCCCAUGGCCUCACCAGAACACAGAAACCAGAGCCCAGCAGCACUGGUGGGGCCGUGUGUUGGUGGCCCCCAGGCCUCACUAAGAGUAGCAAAGGGGAGAGGAAGCUCUGACACUCACCAUUUCUACAACCCAAAUCGGCGGCCUCCCUCUCUCCUCUUGUGUAUAGGCACCGAGCUGUGGCUACAGCAGAGAAUGAAUAAACUUCUAACACAA